AUGGUCAUGGCUAAGCCACGAUUCAACGGAACCCUGGACGCUCCUUCCAUAUAUCGUGGCAGUCCGUCCCCAGAAAUCGACGCCGUUUGGGAGGAAAUAGCUGUCGAUGCGCGCUCAGUUCGCAUGACGGCUGAACAACUGCUCAGAAUAGGGAAGAAACCUUCUCCCGCCAUGGCAAGAUAUCCAGACGAAUAUGGCGGAGGUUAUAUGGUAACGAUUGAAGGCAUUCACAUGCUCCAUUGCAUAAACAUGCUUCGCAGAGUCAGCUGGGGUGACCAUUACAGAUCCUCUGAUUUUGCUAUCCACGACUCCCCCGAAGGAUUCCGCACUCAUCUCGAUCACUGCAUCGAAAUGCUCAGGCAGAACAUAAUGUGUCGUGGUGACGUGGCAAUGCUCACUUACGAUUGGGUGGAGGGAUCCCUUGAUCCUUUGCCCAACUUCAACGUUCCCCAUCAAUGCAGAAACUUCGAGAAGAUCUUGGAUUGGGUAGAUGAGCACCGCGUUAUUGUCCCUACAUCCGAGAUGGUCCGCUUGGAGGAUACCGUCGACCUGCUUUCCCCUCCUUAA